CCCUCCCCAGGCGUUGCCGGCGCCGCCCUGUCCCAGCCUCCUCUGCGGGUAAACAGACAUGGCCGACGAGGGAGACCGGCAGGACCCUGCGCAUAACAUGGGGAACCACCUGCAGCUUCUGCCUGCAGAGAGUGAGGAAGAAGAUGAAGUUGAGAUGGAAGUUGAAGACCAGGAGAGCAAAGAAGCUAAAAAACCAAACAUCAUCAAUUUUGACACCAGUCUGCCAACAUCACAUACUUACCUGGGCGCUGAUAUGGAAGAAUUUCACGGCAGAACUUUGCAUGAUGACGACAGCUGUCAGGUGAUUCCGGUGCUGCCGCAGGUGAUGAUGAUCUUGAUUCCUGGGCAGACAUUACCUCUUCAGCUUUUUCGUCCCCAAGAAGUCAGUAUGGUGCGGAAUUUAAUUCAGAAAGAUAGAACCUUUGCAGUUCUUGCAUACAGUAAUGUACAAGAAAGGGAAGCACAAUUUGGAACAACAGCAGAGAUAUAUGCCUAUCGAGAAGAACAGGAUUUUGGAAUUGAGAUAGUGAAAGUGAAAGCGAUUGGAAGACAAAGGUUCAAAGUCCUUGAGCUAAGAACACAGUCAGAUGGAAUUCAGCAAGCUAAAGUGCAAAUUCUUCCUGAAUGUGUGUUGCCUUCAACCAUGUCUGCAGUUCAGUUAGAGUCACUCAAUAAGUGCCAGAUAUUUCCUUCAAAACCUGUCUCAUGGGAAGACCAGUAUUCAUGUAAAUGGUGGCAGAAAUACCAGAAGAGAAAGUUUCAUUGUGCAAAUCUGACUUCAUGGCCUCACUGGCUGUAUUCCUUAUAUGACGCUGAAACCUUAAUGGAUAGAAUCAAGAAACAGCUGCGUGAAUGGGAUGAAAAUCUAAAAGAUGAUUCUCUUCCAUCAAACCCAAUAGAUUUUUCUUACAGAGUAGCUGCUUGUCUUCCUAUUGAUGAUGUAUUAAGAAUUCAGCUCCUUAAAAUUGGUAGUGCUAUCCAACGACUUCGCUGUGAACUAGACAUUAUGAAUAAAUGUACUUCCCUUUGCUGUAAACAAUGCCAAGAAACAGAAAUAACAACCAAAAAUGAAAUAUUCAGUUUAUCCUUGUGUGGGCCGAUGGCAGCUUACGUGAAUCCUCAUGGAUACGUGCAUGAGACGCUUACUGUGUACAAGGCCGACAACUUGAAUCUUAUAGGUCGGCCUUCAACAGAGCACAGCUGGUUUCCUGGGUAUGCCUGGACUAUUGCCCAGUGCAGGAUUUGUGCAAGCCAUAUUGGAUGGAAAUUUACAGCCACCAAAAAGGACAUGUCACCUCAGAAAUUUUGGGGUUUGACUCGUUCUGCUCUGUUGCCCACAAUUCCAGACACUGAAGAUGAAGUAAGCCCAGACAAAGUAAUACUCUGCUUGUAAACAGAUAGGGUGGGGAUAAAGUUAUUUGAACAAGUUGGUAUUUUUAAAUCAGAUCUGCUUUGAAAAUGUAUUGCCUCUGAUUCAUGCCUGAGUAAACAGCACCAUUACAUGGAGGGCUGCUUUUUCUUAGUCAAGCUGUGUAUGAGACGAUGAAAAGCAAUCUAGAAUGUAAGCACGGUUUCAGGAGUAUCUGUAUCUAUUUCAGUAUCUAUUUCAGUAGCUUGGUACCAUCUCAUUGAUAGGUCACGAAGGUAUCUUUGAAAGCGAUGACAUUGUUGUGUACAAAUAAAAUAUAGGAAUGUUUUAAAUUCCUAUAAUGCGAGUUUAGUCACUUGAUCCUAAUGUAUGGGCCAGCAUAUUUAUAUCAGUGCUUCAGCUUCAGACAGCAAGUUCUGAAAGCUAGGGUGCCAAGCACAAAGUAAAUGUUCCUUUUUGAAAGAGGCAAGUGGGUGUAUAUUAUUGGAUUAUUGGAGAAAAGGGCUUUGUUCCUUUUAACUUCGUUUAGCUUCUCUAAGAUUAAUGAUUUGUAAAUCUUGAAAGUAUUAAAGAGUUAAAAUAUGCAGUUUAAACCCAAAAAUAAAGUUGUCAUUUCCUUAAGUGAGAAAUAGUAUUUUUUGUGUAUUUUUGAACUAUAAAUGCAGUUACUGUUCCAUAUGUUCCAUACGUUCCAUACAUAAAAGCAAGCCUUAAUCUGAACCUAAACUAUUGUGGGGCAGAGAUGCUAAAACAUACCCCUGCAUACAGGCUAGAAGUGAUAUUGUAUUCAAUGUAAAAUGGAAGAAAAUCUGUAAGUAAACUUUAAAAGAAAGCAAAACUAAAACAUGCUUUGUUUAAAUAAUAUAUCUACUCAGAAGCAGAUAAUCUCGCUGUAAGAAAUAAUUUUUUUAAGAUAGACUGAUGUGCCACCUACCUCUUUGCUUACAUAUUCAAGGAUUUAGUUGAUCUUUUUACAUUUGUGUAAUUAAUGGUGAUCUAAUGGUGAUACUCCUUCAUAAUUCAGCGGGAAAAGUUCAAAAUAGGGUAAAACUUCAAAUUAAACUGUAGUGUGAGGCCAAAAACAGACUGUUGUUACAUUUCUUAUGUUUUAUUUUUAUUUUUUUACCAAACAUGUAAUGGCUUUUGAUUGCCUGGACCGAAAAUGUUGAUUAUCAUGUAGCAUAUUUUCAUGUAGCAUAUUUCUGUAAACAGUAAAUGAAAAGCAGCACAAGGAUGCUGUUAAUUGCUUAAGGUAUGUCUACAGCCUUACUUGAUUUGCCCAGAUUGUCAUUUUUUUCCUGUGCUCUAUUACUACUGAUAAUAUCCCCUUGUGCUUAUAGAUGUGAUAACUUCACUGGUUGUUCAUAUAGUCUUCACACUGAACUAAAAACUUAUUAAAUGCUGUGUAUGCUCCAGGGAGUUCUUUUCAGUGUAAAUCUAAAGCAGUUACAAAAGCAGUUACAGUGAGAAAACAUUGUUUUUACCUUUGCCCUGUAGGCUGUGAUCUCAGAAUGCUGUGAUCUCAGAAUGUUCUAUAUUACUUGCUUACAUUUGCAAAAGAAUUUUCUCGUAUAUAAUUAUUUACAUAUAAAAAACACUUUAAAGGUAAGUGUUUACAUGUUACAAAAACCAGACCUCUGAAAUAGCUAAAUCUGCACACUUCCCAUAUAGACUAGUAGGAAUUCUAUAUGGGGUCCAAGUAUAUUUUUUAUAAUGCAUUUAAUUACUGACCUGUGUGCACUCAUUUCUGAGGCUCCCUUCUUGCAACAUAGCCCCUAAGUUUUUGCCACACUUCCUCUUAGCUGGACUUUAAUAGAAAUAUUUAUGCAUUUCAAAUUGUUUUAGAGGUCCAAAAUUGCUAUCACUGGCUACACUACAUAGAAAGAAAAUUGGUUUCCUCUCUCUGUCAGAAUAUAGCAGUUGAAAUAAACAACAGCUGUUUACAACAGACCCAUUUACCUACUGAGAGCACUUAGAACUUAAAUCUUUAAAAAGCACAUCAUCUAUCAGGAAAUUUCAAUGUAAGUGUAAUAUGCCAUAUAAUCCUCUUAAGAAAAAUUAAUAUUACAUUAAAAAAAAAAACCCAGUGUUGGAAU